ACAGUAUGUUAGUUGUACGUGACGUUAAACAAGACAACGUGCUUACGUCGUAACCAUAUGAUUUGAUAGCGAAUGUCAUAGAGGACAUCAAAAGCCAAAUUGAACAACAGUGCAAUAGAUUUGAGACAUAUUUGAGAGAAAUACUUAAAAUUAAAUAGCACGAAGAUGGUCAAGAAGAUUUUGAUGAUCUGUUUAGGUAAUAUUUGCCGUUCUCCCAUUGCCGAGGCGGUAAUGAUUGACACAAUCGAAAAAAGCCGGGCCUCCGCUGAUUGGAAAGUGGAUUCUGCUGCAAUUGGCGAUUGGCAUCGUGGCAAUCCACCUGAUCAUCGAGCAUUGAGCACAAUGAAGAAACAUGGUUUACCCUACAACAAUCGAGCCCGUCAAAUAAAGAAGCAAGAUUUUCAUGAUUUUGACUACAUUUUCGGCAUGGAUGAGGAAAAUAUGGGCGAUUUGCGGUCGCUAGCGCCAGCGAAUUCCAAAGCUAAGUUGCUAAUGUUAGGUGAUUUCGGGCUGGAUAAAAGUGAUCGCAUCAUCGUGGAUCCUUACUAUCAACGAGGCGAUGCUGGUUUCGAAAAAGCUUAUCAGCAAUGCGUUAAAGCGUGUGCGGCGUUUUUCGAACAAGCUGUGGCUGGUAAGGUUUAAGAAGAAAGCAAUUGAAUCUAAAUUAGUAGGCAUGUUAAUAGUGAAAUUAAAUGUUCAAUGCACGAAAACCAGCUGAUAUACGUGAUAUAUGCAAAACCCCUUUUGUGAAAGCAUAAGAAAUAAAUAGAUAUUUUUUAAAAAAAA